AUGGAGGGUGAAGAAGAGCAAGGCGAAGAUGGUGACGAUCCAACAUUCAGUGGCGAAGAAGAAGAGCAAAUCUCUGAAGAAGAGAUGGGUGAGAUAUCUGUUCAUGCAUUAGGCGGGUCUCGAACACCGCAAACAAUGAGAGUAACGGGAGCUAUAAAGAAGGAAAAGAUAACAAUUUUGAUUGAUUAUGGCAGCACCCAUAAUUUUAUUGAUCCAAUAAUUUCAAGGAAAUUAGGAAUUGAAGUAUUAAGUGACGAGAGAUUUGAAGUGAUGGUUGCUAAUGGAACACGAGUACCAUGUUUAGGUAGAUGUCCAAGCUGGGGAUUUGAAUUGCAAAACUAUAAAUUUGUAUCUGAUUUUCAUGUACUAUCUUUGGGAGGAUGUGAUGUUGUUUUGAGUGCACAAUGGUUAGGAACUUUGGGUCCAAUCAGUUGGGACUUUAAGAAGCUCACAAUGGAAUUUACUGUGGAUGAUAGAGUCAUUCGAUUAGUAGGAGAAAUAAAUCAUAAGCCAAGGAUAGCUACAAGUCAUGUAAUGUGGCGUCUGGUAAGAAGUGGAGCUCCUAGCUAUAUCUGUCACAUACGGCAAGCACAACAACCACAAACCAAAAGUUCUGAAAUUUCACCUGAUAUUUACAGAAUUAUAGAAGACUUCAAGGAAGUAUUUUCAACUCCAACUGUUUUACCACCUUCAAGAACGCAUGAUCAUCGAAUACCAUUAUUGCCAAAUAGCACUCUUGUCAAUGUGCGACCAUACAGGUAUGCUCACUAUCAUAAGAAUGAAAUUGAAAAUUGUGCCAAAGAAUUAUUGGAUAUUGGGUUAAUAAGCCCAAGUACUAGUCCUUUCUCUUCACCUGUACUGUUGGUGAAAAAGAAAGAUGGAUCAUGGAGGAUAUGUAUAGACUAUAGAGCAUUAAAUCUUGUUAUUGUGAAGGAUAAAUUUCCUAUACCGGUAAUUGAUGAGUUGUUGGAUGAACUACAUGGAACUUGUUUUUUCUCGAAGUUGGAUUUACGUGCAGGUUAUCAUCAAAUUCGAAUGCAUGAAGAUGACAUACCCAAGACGGCGUUCAGAACCCACGAUGGGCAUUACGAGUUCCUAGUGAUGUCGUUUGGACUUACGAAUGCUCCUUCUACGUUCCAAUAUUUAAUGAAUGACAUUUUCCGAAACUAG